CUUUGAAUCUGUAGGAUCAAGAUGGCGACUGGUGGUAUAACUGCAGAGUCAGGUUUGGGUUCAAUCCUCCAGGGUCAUCUGGAAUGCUGCAUCUGCCACAACCGUUACCACGAACCCAAGAUGCUGGAGUGCUCACACAGUUUCUGUCUGACAUGCCUCCAAGAACUCCAAAAAAGCCAAAAAAGAACAGACGACAAGAUAAGAUGUCCACUGUGUCAGAGUGAAACCAUCUUACCUGCAGGUAAAGUGGCAAAGUUGACCACCAACUACGGUCUCAUUUGCCUGGUGGAAGAAGUCACCCAACAUGAGCACCUAAAAGGCCAAAUGCCAAAGGUCAUAUGUCAAACAUGUGAUGAGAAGAAUGAAGCUGUUUCUCGGUGCAUGGAUUGUGAGUGUUUUCUUUGUCAGCAGUGCCAAACAGCACAUCAGCGUUUCGCUGCUUUUAAGACCCACAACAUUGUACCUGUUGAUGAGAUCGAAGGAGAAUCUGCCCCUAAGAAAGAUGUCUCCCAGUGUAAAAUCCAUCCAACUAAGGAACUUUGCUUCUACUGCAAUACUUGCGAGAUGCUGAUUUGCAGACAGUGUGCAGCAUCAAGUCACAAGGAACCCAUCCACAUGUACGUUGACUUGAACACAGCCAUUGACACAUGCCUGAUAGAAGCUAAUGAAAGAAUCUCACAAGCGCUGAGCGUUAAGGCCUAUAACAAAAUCUCCGGGAGUUGGCAAUCAUUGCGGAAAACACUGGGCGUAAUGUUUGGGGAAACAAACUCUCUCAUUUCUAAAACAGCUGAACAGAAAAUCAAGGAAAUCAAACACAAAGAGAAGCAACUCAAACAUAAGGCCCAAGUUGCGUACAGAAAGAAAUACAAGAGACUUGCCGAAAUGGAGGUCGCAGAGCACACAGUACAGAUGGCUGACGUUCACAAAGAGAUGACUGAUGCAAAUUGUCGUGAAAUCUUGAAGUUCAGGCAAGACCUCCUCCAUGACUUGAAAGAUGUAAAUGGGGGUGAAACGGAAGAUUUAAGUCGAGAUCUCUCGUUCAUUAGUUUCAAAGAGAACAAGGAACAGGUUAAACUCGGCUCCAUUCGGCAAAAAAGAAAAGUGGGCAUUGCUAAGCAAAUCAGAAAUCACAGGGGACUUCAUUACAGACUUCUCCACAAGUGACAUGGUGAUUGCAAAAACAACCGACAACAAAUUAAUCAGAAUCAGUCCUUACUGUGAGAUUCUUAGUAAUGCCUGCUUAAAAUCAGAUUAUCAUCAAUAUUGCAGUCAACAAGGAUGAUGAGCUCACUGUCCUGUGUAAUGACAAAAGUGAUUUUAAUUUUAUGAUCCUGAACAAGGAGUACAUACAUG